AUGCUGAGCAGCGUCGCUCUGCGGGCGCAGGUCGCCUCCAUCCUGGAAGCCCUGUCCAUCGCCGCCGCGGCGGAGAUCGCGGAGCUGGUGGAGGACGAGGUGGUUCUGCUGCGGCUGGAGACGUGUCAGCGGGACCAGGAGAUCGAGAAGCUGAGGGGCAACAUCCGGCUGCUGCACAGCGAGCUGUCGGCGGCCCGGGGCCCCGGGACCCGGAGAGCCGAGCCCUGUGGGGGGGACGGCGGUCACGGCUCCACCGGGGACGAGAGGAUCUCACUCGAACACGUUCACGCCGACAAGGUCAACAGCUGCUCGGCCAAACCCGACUCCGUGGAACCGGGAGCUGAAGAGGUCAGAGGUCAGGCUGAGCGGCCGGGACAAGAGCUGACUCCGUGCGAAGGGAACAACAGACAGUGGAGGUCGACAACUGACGAGGAGACGGGACAAAACGACUUGGAUCAUCUGAACGCACGGCAGAACUCCCUGUCGAGUCUCCCAGAACCCCCCCUGGCCUCUGGGCCGGCCGUGCCGUGUGGCAGCUCGGGGGGGCUCCAGCAGAGCCCGGUCAGCCGCGAGCUGCCGGGCUACGGGAAGAGUCGCAACGCUCCGCGGAGGAGGAGGACGGCCAAGAGGCUCAAGUUCGAGAUGGGCUACAUCUGCCCUUACUGCGGCAAAUGCUUCGAGCGAGGCGGCCACCUGGAGAGACACAAGAGGAUUCACACCGGGGAGAAACCGUAUCGCUGUGAGACCUGUGGGAGACGCUUCAACCAGAAGUGCAGCCUGAAGGAGCACACCAAGAUUCACAGAAGAAAUAUUCAGGCCCCACCAGUGGACGUCCCGGUGGUUCAGGAGAAGCAGAUUCCUGAGGUGAAGCCAUGUGUCGACACUCCUCUCCCCGAGGAAAAGAGCCGGACCGCCGCGGACGAGGUUCCACUGAAGAUGGAGGACGUUCUCCCUCCACCUGUACAAGUCAAAUCUGAGCCCGUAGAGGAGAGCAUAUCACAACCACAGUUUCAGGGAGGGAACGAGCCGCCGAGGGAAGGAGGGGAGAACCUCGGUGAGAACUUCCCAGAGUUCGAGAGGGACGGCCGGCAGUGGAGGUCGGGUCCACAAGGACAGAGCAGCACCGAGAUGAGUGGGAUGGAAUAUCUCAGCAGCUCGGCACAGACUGUGACGUCCUUCCCCGGGAUCGCUCAGUUACUCCCGGCACCGGUGGAAGCUUCUUGCAGCUCCUUCUCCUUCCCAGGGAAACCGUACGGGGAGCUGAAGAACAGCCUGAUCUCCCAAACGCCCUACGGAUCGUCAGACACGCUCCUCCUCGUCUCCAGCGAUCCAGGUUUACACAGCGGGUCGGAGGCCGUGCUGAGUCCCCAUCAGCAGCUUCAUCCCCAGCAGCAGCAGCUUCAUCCCCAGCAGCAGCAGCAGAGAAACCGGUCUUUUCAGAUGUUCAAGCCCAAGAAAAGCUUCAACUGCUCUUUCUGCGGGAAGAUCUUCAAACGGGCCGGCCACCUCGAGACACAUUUACGGAUUCAUACCGGGGAGAAGCCGUACGGCUGCCACAUCUGUGGGCGGUGCUUCACUCAGAAAAGCAGCCUGAAGGUCCACAUGAAGACGCACAGAGUUGGGGAGAACCCAGAUCUGCUGGAGGCUCAUCACCUGAUGUUUACGAUGCCUGAGAACCAGUCGCUGGAGAACAUGGCGGAGCUGAAGCCCGAUCUGGUGACGUCUGAGGACCAGUCAGCCAGCAGGCAGGCGCUCGGUGACCACACGGUGACGGUGAAGCUGGAGUCCAACGGGGAGGAUUUUCCCGCUCUGAGUCAGGAGCGGUCCUGCGGCGGCACAGGGGCGCUGGACCAAAUUGAGCUGUGGACUUCUGGGACGGAGAAGAGCAGCGAGGCCAUGGUACAAACCGCCUACGUGCUGUCACAUGACAUCAAGUGUGAGCUCAGUCCCGCCGCAGCCAAUGAGCAGCAGAGAUACACGUGUGCGUCGCCGAUCAAGGAUAUGGCUUUUCUGAAAGACGAAGACAUGAUGCACGUGGACUACCUGGCGUCCGAGCUGCAGGACCAACACGUCGCCCGAGAGGUGAACGAUAACGGCUCGGAGAGCGUCAGGACCGGGGAGGGAACCGGGUUUGAAAUGGAUACGAUGUCCAUAGGCAACCAGGAGGACCACAAGGACAGCUACGAUGGCGCCAGAGGAAACUGCUUCAUAUGCUCCAGCUGUGGACAGAGCUUCGAUACUUUCAUCUUAUUUCAGAGUCACCUGUGUAAAAACAUCAGUCAUUAGAUUUAAGAAAAGAAUAGAAGAGAGGAGGAAGAUCUUUAUUUUGUCAUUUGAAGAAUAUAUUUAAAAUGCUCCAAUUAAAGUCAAACUAAAUUAUGGAAAUGUUACAUUUUUAUGAAUAUAGUCAAACUGUUGAGAACAAAGCUGAACAAAAUGUGAUUCUGUUGAUGUUUGUAAACUGUUUAAUGCAAAAACGACUCUGUUGAUUUAUCUGAAACAUGGUUUAAAAAUGCGAUUGGGGCCAAGGGAACACCGGAUUCCAUCAAUAGAGCAUCUGUAAGAAUUUAUUUUUUAAUUUCAACAUUGCGAGAUAUGGUGCUUUUUCUUUUUUACAUUUUCACCAGGGAAUAAUUUAUGGAUCUUGAUUAAAACAAUCAGACAUAUUUCGUGUUUUAAUGUCAAGACGUUAGGAGUUUGAUUCAUUCUUCAAAGUUUGACUUUAAUCUUGAAAUUUCAAUUUAGUUCUCGUUAAACACAUUUAAAAAAUAUCCUCGUAUGAUUUAGUUCGACUUUACUCUCGACAUUUUAACUUUUUUCUACCUUUUUUUUAACCUCCCUCUUAUGUGUUUUCUCAUGCCCGGACUUAUUACUACUAAUACAAAAAUGUCUGUCACUUUACAAGAACCAAAACAAUCAGACUCUAACUUCAUAACUUUGAGGAGAAGCUGUUUUCAAAGCUAAAUUGAAGAAAAUCUAAGUUACACUUUAGUUCAUGCUUAAAUAAGUUUUAUAAUUGAACACUAUUAUUGAACCGUCGCCCAGAACCAAAGGUCGUGUUUUCUUUUGCUGGAAUGUGAAUAAAUGUUAUUCGUUGGGAUAUUUCCUUUAAUAUUUGUAAAGGUAAUGAGAAAAUAAUUUGAGCUUUAGUGUUUAAAAAGUAGUAAAGAAGUAAAAUAAGUAAAAACGUCUCUUGUUUUGUUAUGGGUCCGUGUCUGUCACUUUCAGAUCAAACUUACUGACCGCAGUGAAAAGCUGUUUGUCUGGUUGUCAGUGUCCUGAGUGAACUGAGCAGGUUCGAUUGUUCUGGAGCUGAAGAGUUUGUUUCAAUAGUUUGAAUCAACUCGACGGAAAGAGCCGGAAACUCUUUGUGCUCCAUUGGGACGAGUGUCUCCGUAUUCACAUGGGAAACAAAACUCCUGCAGGGUGACUGACUGUCUGUUGUUUGCCUUUCACAAAGUCAUUUUUUUUACGUUUACAUUUUUAUAUUAACUAAUCUUGUUUCCUUUUGAUGUCGCGAGUAUCGCAAAAUGUUUUUAUGUUGAACUCUGUUUUUCAAAUAAAUUAAAAACUAACAGACUUGUUGAGUCUGGCUCUGGUUA